AUGGUCAUACCUGCUUUAAUGGCAUUUGGUUCAUAUCGUAAUGUGAUAAAUUUUUAUUUUGCAAGUGCUGCUUUAUCAAGUUCAUUACUUAAUUGUUUAUACAUUUAUUAUCUUGUGGAAACAUUACGUUCAAGAGGACUUGCUGAAAAUACUUGUCGAGCUAUUUAUUAUUUACAAACAUCGUGUACAGUUGUCCUUGCUUAUACAAUAACGGCAAUGCAUGCAAAUUUUGUCUUAUGUUUAUUAUCGCCACCAUCGUCCAAUCAACGCCAUUCAGUACGUUCCUGUUUGCGAUCUUGUGGUUUUUGUUUACGUCGGUUUUUUCGUCGUUUUUGUUUUUGUCUUGUACUUGUCGUUUGGUCAUUAUCAUUUACAGCUACAAUACCAUUACUUUAUACAAUUGAUUCAAAUGAAAAAACUCCAAAACCUGUUUAUUGUCCUGGAACAAAACAAAUCAGUUAUCUUGAAGAAUGGUUUGAUCGUAAUCGUCUCAGUCAAAGUAUUAUAUUUAAUUUAAUACCAUUAUUAGCAACAUUAUUUAUAUCAAUAGUUGCUUUAUUAAAAUUAUUUUAUGAAUGUCUUUUUUAUACUUAUUUACGUUGUAAAAUGUCAAAAUGUUUACCAUGUCGAAAAAGAACAUCAUCUCAACAUCAACAACAAAGUUUAUCCAUACCAAAUUCAACGUCAAUGCUUUCAUCAUUUGGUAUUAUAAAAGUUAAAAUGAGCAACGAAGAGGAGUUACUUUAUAAUAAUAUCUCAUCAUCGUCAUCAUCAUCAACAUCAUCUAUACAUCAACAAAUCCAAUCAUCAGGAUCAACACGAAAAAAACGUAAACUUAAUGGACAACAACGUGAUGAAGCAACUGUACGCGAAAAACAUCGAAUGCUUAAACUUAAUAAGGCUUAUGCUCAACUUCGUCUAGCCUUACCUGUUGAAAAUAAAUGUAAAUUAUCUCGUAUAGAAACUCUUCGUACAGCUGUUCACUAUAUCAAACUGCUUAAUCAACUACUCGAAGUUGACAACAACUAA